GUUCGGAACGUCGGCGGCCGCCCGGGUGACUCGGCCUAGGUCACAGGAUAACACUCGAGAAUGGGACCUGGAGUGAGGCGACGGCCGCUGCAGCCCGCGCCGCCGCCCGCAGAGGCUCCGCGGCCAUGAGCCCGGCCGGCCCCAGGCUCGGCCCCUGAGCGGAGCUCCAGCCGCGCUCCCCGUUCGCGCGCCCUGCGGCAGCCUGAGGCAUGGAGAAGGCCGUCCCCGCGGGGCGCUGACCCCCGCGCCCCCGCGGCCCCGCGGCCCCGCCCCGGCCCCACCAUGACCGGCUCCGCGGCCGACACCCACCGCUGCCCCCACCCCAAAGGCGCCAAAGGCACCCGGUCGCGGAGCAGCCACGCGCGGCCCGUGAGCCUCGCCACCAGCGGGGGCUCGGAGGAGGAGGACAAAGACGGCGGGGUGCUGUUUCACGUGAACAAGAGCGGCUUCCCCAUCGACAGCCACACCUGGGAGCGCAUGUGGAUGCACGUGGCCAAGGUGCACCCCAAGGGGGGAGAGAUGGUGGGCGCCAUCCGCAACGCCGCCUUCUUGGCAAAGCCUUCAGUACCCCAGGUUCCAAACUACAGGCUGUCGAUGACGAUCCCAGACUGGCUUCAGGCAAUCCAGAACUACAUGAAGACACUACAAUACAAUCAUACAGGGACCCAGUUCUUUGAAAUUAGGAAAAUGAGACCGCUGAGUGGGUUAAUGGAAACAGCGAAAGAAAUGACUCGGGAAUCCUUGCCUAUCAAAUGCCUUGAAGCUGUCAUCCUGGGCAUAUACCUAACCAAUGGACAGCCUUCCAUCGAGCGAUUCCCCAUCAGCUUUAAAACCUACUUCUCAGGAAACUACUUUCACCAUGUUGUGCUGGGGAUUUAUUGCAAUGGCCGCUAUGGCUCACUGGGCAUGAGCCGAAGGGCUGAGCUGAUGGACAAGCCGUUGACCUUUCGGACUCUCAGUGACCUCAUCUUUGACUUUGAAGACUCCUACAAGAAGUACCUGCACACAGUCAAGAAGGUCAAGAUUGGGCUGUACGUCCCCCACGAGCCUCAUAGCUUCCAGCCCAUAGAGUGGAAGCAGCUAGUCCUCAAUGUCUCAAAGAUGUUGAGGGCCGACAUAAGGAAGGAGCUGGAGAAAUAUGCCAGGGACAUGAGAAUGAAGAUCCUGAAACCUGCAAGUGCCCAUUCUCCAACCCAAGUGAGAAGCCGGGGGAAAUCCCUGUCCCCCCGAAGGAGACAGGCGAGCCCCCCGAGACGGCUCGGCAGGAGAGACAAAUCGCCUGCACUGCCUGAGAAGAAGGUGACUGACCUCGGCACGCUGAACGAGGUGGGCUACCAAAUCCGGAUCUAGGCAAGCCAUAUCAGCCAGCAAGAGGGCUUCCGUGGUGCUUCUCUCUGCACUUUACCGCAGCAUCUUCAGGAGGAACUGCAACUAUUUAUUGAGAACCUGUGAAUUUUAUUUUUAAGGAUUCCCUUGGACGUGGAAUCUGAGUGGGUGGUGACAAUGAACUCUGGAGAAAUUCACGAAGGGGCAGCCCGGAAAGGCUGAAGUAAGAAACCCCACGGGGGUUGGACUGCAGAUAGAAAGGGUAAUUCGUAACUGUGGUUUUUCUAUCUUCCCAUUUACCUACUUUUGUUUACUUGCUUUUGAACACGAUGGCUCACCAGUAGUAAAUGUGGCCGAAACCCUCCCUCCCACUCCAGGUACAGUAAGGUAACUCAGCCAGUAGUCAUGUCUUUUUCAGCAAUAACAGAGGCAGAGAUCGGUGGGAUUUUCUUUUUUUUCUAAGCAGUCAAAUAUUACCUCAGCAUCUUGACAUCAGAUAUGCAAACUUAAUGGAGUUUUGGGUUUUUGUUUUAUAUUCUAUUUGUAUUGUUUCCCCAGUAUUUCCAAAUGGGGACCUCCACAAAGUUUGGAAUUUUUCCUUGGUGCACACCGAAUAGGAUUUAAGGUAUUAUAUCAAGUGUUUUACUAAAAAAGCACUGCAAUUCUUCUGGCAAUACGGGAAACUAUUUUCAGGACCUUGGAGUUACUUCUUUCUUAAUGUUUCUUAAAGCAUUCACUGACAGGGGUUUCUGUUCUUUCAAAACACAACAGAAAGCACGUGCAGAAGGCAGUCUACGUUCUGUCAUUAAUAUUUAAACUUUGCAAACUCCAGCAAAAAAAAAAAAAAAGGAAAAAAAAAAGCACAAGGGGUCAUGGCAGUGUUACACAAAUUUAGCAGUAUUGCAAUUACCUCCAACAAUCACGCACUCAAGAGAGGCAGAGGCCAGGAGUGAAUCAGUGGGAGUCUUGAGAGCCGGGUAACCUUUCUGUUCUCGUUCCAUCUGAUUUCCUAACCUCUGAGUCAGGCCUUGUUCUGAAGGCCUCGCUGUUGUCAGAGGGGUGCUCUGAUGUCUUAUAUUAAGACCAAAUGUGGCAGGAUGUGGUCACUUUCCAGUCCCUUGCUUUUAGGUACCACUUCAUGACAUUUAGGAACUGGUAUAGGAAAAUGCAAUGAGAAUGCAGAACCUUUUCUUAAAUGGAAGUCUUCAGGUGUACAGUGUUAGGCCGGAGAGCGGGAUUUUAGUCCGUGAAGUACAGCGUGAGAAUCUGUGUAACUUCUGACUGCAGACCACACAGAGUGACUCCAGCCGCCAAGUCUGUCCGUUAUCAACAUCAAGAGUAUGCUUCCGUUUCAUCUGUUUCAGCUCGGCGACCGUGCCCGCUCGUGAGACUAACACGCAUACUUAAGUGGGGUCUGCUGGUCAAUGGAAGUGUUAUUUCAGUUGUCAGUGCUCCCUCUCUGGCUUUCUUUGACUGAAGGUGAUUUUAGAAAGGGGAAUAGAAAAAUAAGAAUCUGCUUAUUGAGAUUCUCUACCAGUAAAGCCACUGAAGGUGACUUUGUCCUUUGGCCACAUGCACAUGAGCUCACUUUACGCUGAAACUCAGUGGUAUUAGUGUUUCCAUUAAUAAUAUCAUUUUCUUGAAAAAGAAGGAAGUUUAGUGUUCUUUACAUGAAAAGGACCAAAUAAGUGUACAUGUCAAUUAGGUUAAAAUACAGAAGUUAAAAAUUCUGAACUUAAUCACUGUUUUUAACAAUAUUAUCAGAGUUUAAGAUGAAGCAUCUUUGUGGAUCUUCAUAAGGCAAACUCAUUUAAAUAUUUGAAUUAAUCAACUCAUUCUCAAAACAAUACUGACUUAGCUCUAUGAAAAACAAGCUAUAUGUAUCUUAUGUGUAUCAAUCUGAAACUUUAUUAUCUCCAAUAAGUAUACAACUUCUACACUGCAAUCAAUUCUAAGAGCUUGAAAUAGGAUUUUCCAAGUAUUAGUUAAGUACUGUCCCAUCCAAAAUAUAGAAUGUCAGUAGUUGCAUAGCCUCGUUUCCCACAAAAAAAGGGUUAAAGAAUAGGAACAUGAACUAUUCUAAUAUUCUGACGUAUAAGCCUUAAAACUGCCAGCUGGUUUGGUGAUUCAAUUAGUAAUCUGAUUUUUUUUCCACUCACUUCUUAAUUUUAAGAUUUAUUCCCCCAAAGCAAGGGUUAGUCACAGAAACGUGAAAAUUAACUUAAAAUCCUCUUAGUUUUCAUUCUGUUUUUAUUAGCUAUGGAAUUAUGCUAAUUUCUAAAAGAUUUGAGAAAGGCACCAAACUCUUAAAUUCUAGUGCAGGAAUUUAAUUAAAAUGAUAUUAAGGCAAAAAAUAAAAAAUAAAACAAAAAGCCAUGACAUAACCCCCCCCAAAUGAUUUUAAAACUGGCUGUUAUUCAAAAGAAAAAAUAAAACUAUCAGAUGAUUUUAAUCUAGUUUUUAAAAUUCUUAAUGCAAGAGAAAUUUUAUGCUUAAGCCAUUAUGGGGUUAUAUGCAAAGUUUAAAUCAGAUGACAGAAAUCUUGAUUUUAGACUCCAUGUUGUGCUGUUUUGAGUACACUUUAUUUCAGAAAGUGAUAUUUGGUAUUUUCUAUACACUUUGAAAUCAUGAGCAUUUCACUUUUUCUAAGUCAAUUAUUUCAUAAGGAUUUUAUUAAUAGAUAUUGGUAAAUAGAACUUUGGAAGUCUUAAUUCCGUAUUCUUACUAUACCUGAGGCUUUUGUAAGCUAUAGUUUUAUGUACAACCUUGUACAGUUUUUUUGACACACAAUUCAGAAUCUUGUUUAUUCUCUUGGACUUUGUUCUGGCCAAUACAUUUUUUUUAAAUCUUUAAGGAAAACUGUGAUUGUUUUAGUGGGUAUUUUUCUAAGUAAAGGAAAACUUGUAUAAUGGUAUUUUAGAGAAUGCCAGAUAAGUGCAUGUUUCAAGUUAAUGUUUUUCUCAUCACUUGUAUGUUUAUACACAGCAUGGAACUUUAAUAAAACCACCCUGGAAACUUAA